GUUGCAUCGCGUUUGCGGCACUCUUUUCCUCUUCUUCUUCUUCUUCUUCUUCUUCUUCUUCUUGUUCCUUCCUCCUAUCUCAUCAGAGAGUCAGAGUCGGAGAGACAGAGCGACAGACAGCGAUGGGUCGAACAAAAACAUUCAAGGACGAGUUUACAUUUGAUCAAAGGAUUGAAGAGUCACGGGACAUGGUGGCCAAAUACCCUGAUCGAGUCCCCGUCAUUGUGGAAAAGUAUGCGAGGAGCAAUCUUCCUCAGAUGGAAAAGAAAAAAUACCUUGUCCCUCGAGACAUGUCCGUCGGCCAAUUCAUUUACGUUUUGAGCAGCAGACUUCACCUGGCCCCUGGAACAGCUCUCUUCGUUUUUGUGAAGGAUACUUUGCCUCAAACAGCUAGUUUGAUGGAUUCUGUAUAUGAAUCGUUCAAGGACGAGGAUGGAUUUCUGUACCUGUGUUAUAGCACUGAGAAAACCUUUGGCUUUCAUCAUCAAUGAAAUGAUGAUGCCAAUCUUCACACAAGAUCUUGAACAAUGAUUUCCUCUACUUUCAUACUUAUCUGUCUCGGUAUCUCUGUGCAUCAUAUGCAGACUUUAUUCUUCAAUUUCCCAAAAAAAUGGAAGGCUUCAAAUUUUAGUUGUUCAAACUUCA